CUUUCUUUGCAGCAGCCUCUCUGCUCAAUUGCUCAUUGCUGAAAUCUUCAUCUCAUCCCUGAAGAACCCAGCUGCAAAACCUCAAAGACUCAGUGAGUUAGCGAGUGAGUGAGGGAAUGGACUCAACGAGUCUCAAGACCCUGAACGUUAUAACGCCUUUGCAUACUCAUUUUCGUUCAAAAGUCUCUCUCUUUCGCUCUCUCAGCAUCACUAAAUUCAAGCACAGCUUCUCCUCCUCCUCUCUUCGCUUCUCGACUCUCUGCUCUCUGCCUGAAAGAGAGAAUGAAGUGUCACUGCCACAUAGUGUUGGUCAAGCUGUUAAUAAUGUCUCCGCAAAUAAGUUUCUUCAAGUUGUUCUAGUCUCCCCUCAGAUUCCUGGAAAUACAGGUUGCAUUGCGAGAACAUGUGCAGCAUCAGCUGUUGGGCUACACCUAGUUGGGCCAUUAGGAUUUCAAGUGGAUGAUACAAAAUUGAAGCGUGCUGGAUUGGACUACUGGCCAUACGUUGUUGUUAAAGUUCAUAGUUCAUGGGCAGAGUUUCGAGAGUAUUUCAAGCAACAGGAAGGGAAAAAGCGGUUGCUGGCAUUUACUAAAAGAGGAACGGCGACACAUUCAGAAUUCUCCUACCGGAAAGGCGAUUAUCUCAUAUUUGGCUCAGAAACCUGUGGUCUACCCCCUGAAGCAUUACAAGACUGCAAAAGCAAAACCUUUGGUGGUGGGACUAUUCGGAUUCCAAUGGUUGAAACUUACGUUAGAUGUUUGAAUCUCUCCGUCAGUGUUGGCAUUGCUUUGUAUGAAGCUGCUAGACAGCUAAACUAUGAGCAGCUUAAAAUUCCAUCUGAAACUUCUAUCGACGGAGAACAAUCAUUUAUCACUGAAGACAUUUUUGCCUAAUUUCAAUUGUUUUAAUAGGUCUAGCAAAAGGUAGUAUACCAUUUACAACACUAAUAAUUAUAUGAUUGUUUUA